AUGAUGUCGGGGAGGGGGGCAAAAAAACGCGGGAGACCCCCAAAAUCUGGAAAUUUUGAGAAGAAUAGAAAAUUUCAAUACCAUUUAUUGAAAAAACCUAAAUAUUUACAAGCUCAAAAUAUUGGAACUGGAUCUUUAGCUAGUACACCGUCAGCGUCCAGAGCGUUAUCGCCGCAGGGUAGUGAUAUAAGUAAACGAAGUACAAGAAAACAAAGAGGUGGUAAAUCUCAUAAAAGUAGGAGAGGAGGUUUAUCAAAUGCCUAUUCCAGAAGGGGCUAUAAUCCUCAAGCGGCUGAUUACCAUGAAUCAGAAUACCAUUAUGGAUCUGAUUUUGGAGACGAGUUUAGUGAUCGCUCAGAACCAGAAGAAGAACGCGCUAGUGAGAGUUCUGACGGCUCCUUAAGUGACGGUGCUGCAAGUGAUAGUGACUUUUCUGUAAACAGUUUCAAUUCAGCAGUAGGUACACCCAGAAAAUCAACAUCUAAUUUUAAUAGAAUACCAAGUCCUGAUCCACUAUGGCUUCAACAAGAGCGGCAAAUCCCUCACUUAGAACUUCCUCCUUCAUCUGAUGAUUUAAUAAUACCACAUAAUUUAGUGCUACAGGUUGUAGGUGUGUAUGAAGUCCUGCGUCAUUUUAGACAUCUUGUGAGGCUGUCUCCUUUUAGGCUAGAAGACUUAUGUGCUGCUGUUAGUUGCAAUGAACAAAGUACAUUAUUAACAGAAGUUCAUAUAAUGUUAUUGAGAGCUCUUUUGAGAGAAGAAGAUUCACAACAGACACAUUUUGGUCCAUUAGACCAUAAGGAUAGUGUUAAUAUUACAUUGUUUUUAUUGGAUGUCAUGACAUGGCCGGAAGUAUUAAGAGUGUAUGUAGACAGUGACAAAACAUUUGACAAAAAUAUAUCGAGAAUAUUAAACGCUUGUGAAUAUCCUUUUACAACUGUAGAGGACCGUCUUGCCGUUCUUCAGUUUUUGUGUAAUCAAUUUUUAAUUACUAAUCCAGUUCGAGAUGACCUGAUAAGUGAAGCUCCUAUUCAAUAUGAUGACCACUGUAGAGUUUGUCAUCGGUUAGGUGACUUAUUAUGUUGUGAAACAUGUCCUGCUGUGUAUCACCUUGAAUGUGUUGAUCCACCACUGGAGGAUGUACCCUCUGAAGACUGGCAGUGUGCUCUUUGCAAGCAACACAAAACAAUGGGUGUGACAGACUGUGUAUCAGAUGCUGAAAAACAAGGAAUUCUGUGCAGACAUGAACAUUUAGGGUUUGAUAGACAUGGCAGAAAGUAUUCAUUUAUUACGAGAAGAAUUUUUAUUGAAGCUGAAAAUGGCGAUGUGUGGUACUAUUCAACAGCUGAACAAUUUCAAGAGUUACUUGAUGUACUAGACUACAAAGAAAUGGAGGCUCCCCUUGUCCGUGAACUAUUAGAAAUGAAAGAGGAGAUUAUUCGUCAAAUGGACAUCACAGAAAAACUAACCAACCAAGCAAAAGGCAAUAGAAAAUCUUAUUUAGAAGUGCAGAAUAGUGCAAUUAAUAAGCAAAGAAAAAUAAAGGAAAAAGAAAAACACUGUCCUGACAGGACAGAUGAUGAUGAUAAGCAAGUAGAUUCCUCUGCAAUUGAAUCUGAUCUUUUGCAAGAGGUCUUUACAACAGGAGAAGAUACAGACCAAAAUGAAGAUGAUGACGGAAAUGAUAGUAGUGAUAAUAAGAUUAAGAAGAAUAGACCUGUUUAUAAGAAAAAUGAAGAAAUAUCUGAACGUCUAACAAGACAAAAAACAAACCAAAUUUCAAAUGGAACCUAUUUAUUUAAGCUUGGGAAUGAAAAUGUAUUCAAAACAUAUGUUAAUCAAUAUACAACAAAUCCACUAGCCUUAAACAAGCCACAAAGGAAUGAAGAGCGGGAUAAGAAACGUUACAUAUCUCAUAAAUUUUCUUUGUCGUCAGGCCAAGAGUUUAAAUGGAUUGGAUUAUUGAAUGCCACCAAGCCAUUGCUUGUAGCGACGUUACGACAGACUUUGCUACAUCUGGAAUCUAAUAUUGUUGUACAAUUUAUGCAUCCAAAUUGGAGUCUAUUAAGAAAACCUUGGGUACAAGCAGUUCAGUUGUGUCAGGCGCCUAGAGAUUUUGCAAGAGCUCUGUGUGUCUUACAGGCAUGUAUAAGAAGUGUGGUGUGGGUACCAGCUUGGCAUGAGCAACUUGGCCAUGUAAGACUGCUGCGAACUACUGCCCUCGAACGCGAGGAGCGUAAGAAGCUCGACAAAAGAGAGAAGAAAGAACGAGACGAAGAAGAAGAACGUUACCGCACCGCAUACAACUUUGUCAAAUACUCGUUGGGGCUCCAUCACCAGGUAUGGAAACAAAAAGGCGAAGAAUAUAGAAUACACGGCCAGUGGGGUUGGCUCUGGAAUUCAUCAACUAGAAAAUUUAAAAAACUUUAUAAAAAUAUGAAACUGAGUUUAAGCAAUGGCCCCGCAAAAAUUGCAGUUAGAGUAAGAGAAGGAAGCAUUAUAAAAGUUUUGGCAGUUGAACCUAAAACAUAUGAAUAUCUUAUUGCUGAUGGACCAACUGACCAGGCCGUUCUAAAUAAAUUACCACCAUCGAUGAGAAAUAUGACACUAGAAAAGGAUAUUGAAGAUUUUGAAGAGAUAGAUGUCGAAAAGGCCUUGAGUUCGUCAACGAGACGUUAUUACCCAAAGAUUGCAAGAAAAUCAAAACUAGAUGAUUUACUAGCUCGACGAACGUACCUUAAAUUUAUGGAGGAAAAGAAACUAGGUAAUUUGUUGAACAACGUGAAAAAGGAACAAGCUGAAAUAAAAAGUGAAGAGGACAAAAAUAUUGACAUUGAAAAUGAGGAAUCUGAAUUAGAUGGUGCAAAUGUUUGUAAUGAUACUAAUGAUGUUGAAGAAAAAUCAGUAAGUGGAGAAAUAUCAGCACUUCGUGAAGAAUAUUUAACAAUUAGUGGAUUGACAAAGCAAUACAAAUGCUAUUCCUCUGACUGUUCCAAAACAGAAACAAAUACAAGUGGUUUGCAACUUAAUUGUUAUUCACCGCUAUGCAUUGAAAAGAGGAGUUUGUUAACUAAGUUAUUGUCAUUACUUAAAAACAGUUCAGCUAAUAACAAAGCUUUAAACACAAAUGAAAACAAUAAAAUGUCAAUUUUAGAAUUAUACCUUGUCGGUAAAAAAUCUAAUUCAAAUGAAAAUAUUUUGACAGACUUGUUAUCAGCCGUUGCUUGUGCACAAGAAUGUGAUAAUAAAAAUACAGAUAGCUUCGUUAAGCGAAAGUCAAGUAGUGAUUCAGAUACAUAUCCUAAAGUAGAAAAAAGUGAGGGUGACUUCCUGAACUGUGAUAAUCUUCUCAAAAAUGAAAACACUUUAGAAGAGUGCGCAGUUCCGGCAGUUGGAAACGAAAUGGAUAUUGAUAUAGGCAACAAUAACAUUGAUGAUAAUGAAGUAGAAAUUGGGCCUUUGAAAGAGCUCACUGAAGGUGACUGCUUAAAUGCAGAGAGUGCUGAAGAAAAAUCUCGACCGCCCAUUCCAAAAUUGAAAAUUACCCGUGGGAAAUCUCUCAAGUUAAAUAAGGAGGCAAAAAAUUAUGAGUGUUCUGUAAAGACGGAAAAGAUUGUAGAUGCACCGAAGUAUCGCGCAGCAAUUAAUAGACGAUUUGGGGUCAAAAGCGUUAAAAGAGAAGACAAAUCUAUUAAAGAAGAGAAAACAAACACUGGAAUUGUUAGGAUAUAUUCCACGGCGAAUCCUUGUGGAAAAGUCUAUUUGAAAAAGGUACAGACUGCGGCAACAGAAAAGAAAAAGAAACGAACACCCGUAAAAUAUCCGCCAUGUUCCUCAUUCCACACAAAAAGUAAAGCGAAAACGAUUAUGGUUCUACCAACACAUGAAUUGAAAAAACUUAGCAGACAAGCAGGUCACGCUAGCGUCUCAGGUUUCAGUCAUAGUGCUAAACCAAAUCAAUUAGUUUGGCCCUAUCCUUGCGCUAGGCCUCUGUUUAAAACCUGCUGGCUGUUCAGGACAGUGAACUUACAGUGGUUAGCUAGUGCAGCGUUACAGUUGAGAGUUAUGUGGGCGUGCUUACGUUGGGACGAUAUGGCGGCUAAGGCGGCCACGGCAGACGGAAAACACCAGCUCACGACGGAUACAGAAAUCGUUUCAUUGGAACUAUUGAAACAUCGCCACGUGGGUCAGUUCUCCGAGAAAACACAGUAUUUGAGACGACGUGUUGUCAUUCCUCUGGAAUUACCAAAAACUGUUCGCGAGGUUACAUCUAUUCGAAGCGGUUUAAGAAAAAGGAAACGCGCCGAGUCUCCGCAAAACACUGAACCACAGGUCACAGAAGAAUGGGUAGAUGAAGACAAACUCGAACUGUGGGAGGUACGUCAGUAUGGGGAACGAGCAGAACGAAUGACACCGGUAACUCGCGCUACCACUGGCAAGUUGCCUCCGCGUAGUGCACGCGCAUCCAGUCCCUCCCUUCACAACGCAGCAGAUAUCAAAGAUAAGAUGGAACAACAACUCCGCGAGCAAAGAGCGGCACAUCAACAAAAGAGAGCCUUGGAAAUGUCACAAGAUAAAACUAAAGGAACUCCUAACAAUAACAACUCGGGAAAAAAUACUCUUUCCACUUUGUUGAGUUCGAAUACUCCGACGACAGGUGGACAAAAGACAGUUAUUGGAACUAGAAGAAUUAUUAUGACGAAGGGUGCCGAUGGUACCACUAGAGUCAUUAGUCAACCUAUUUCUGGUGUAAAAAUAUCUAGUGAUUCACCGAAGCCUAUAGCUCCGGCCCAAAAAGACGGCCCACAAAAGGUCCAAAUCAUACGAGCCCCUGAUGGAAAAAUCACUGUCAAAGGUCUUCUCCCAGGCCAGCAAUUGAUUCAGAUGGCAGAUGGAAAGCUGCACGUCGUCAUGGCCGGACAACAAGGUGCUGCUGGCCUGUUGAUUGCUGCCUCACCAAAAGUAGAUGCGGACAAAAAUAAAAAUUCCAAUGAUAAGACAAAACCUACCAUAGAAGAGACGAAGCCCGUUCAACGGAUUGCGGUCCAACCGCCUCCUCAAGCGGUGGGCGGUCGCAUCGUAGUCCAACCUGCCCAGCAAGUGGUCGUACAGACAUCUCAACAAAUGAUUGCACCAUCACAAGUGAUGGUGCAGCCGACGCAACAGUUAGUCGUGCAGGCGGGCACCGGUACGGGUACUGGUACACGAGUCGUGAGUCAGCCGCGCAUGCAGACUGUACUAGUGCAGGGACAACUAGUGCAACGAGCGGCUCCACAGCCCCGUCCGCCUCCGCCCCCUCGUCCAUCAACUCCCCUACCGCGUGCACAACAAAUUGUGGUUAACAGCCCCGCACUUGCACAGCAGCUCGCGUCGGGAAAAGUGCAGUUAGCGACGGUAAACGGACAGCAAGUCCUGAUAAGGCGUACCGGGAAUAACCAGGCCCAAAUCGUCGCUCACAUCGGACAGAGUCCAGCCCCGUCGCCAGCUCAACCGGCACCGGUCGCUCAGGUGGUUACCCCCGCAGCCGUCUCGGUGCCCGCUAUCGCUCCCGCCCCUACGCCGACCUUAGUUCGACCGCCGGCUCUGGUCCCCUCAUCCUCUAAUACGUCACAACAACUCACCGAAGAUCAAAUAAUGGAGAAACGAUUGCUGGCUGGACAACCACCCGGAACUGUCAUAAAAACAGUAACAGCUCAGGUGAUGCAGACAAGUAGUGGUCCCAGUAUAGUGUUACAAGGACUCCAUGGCUAUUCCUUAACUCCACAACAAUUAGGACUUGUACAGCAUCAAGUUAAACAACAACUUUUAAAAGCGCAAGAGUCGACGGGCAAACAGGGAAUGCUAGGCCCGCGCAAGAUGUACCUAGCAGUACAGCCCGCGCCGGGUGCCGUCUCCACACAGCCCAUACUUACGGUACCUACUGCCGCUCCACAGGAGACAGUCGAAGAUGAUAUGGUAAAGCGUCCGCUCUUAGUAAAUGGUGAAGAUAAUAUCGCCGUGGCGCAUUGUAUUAAAGAGGCAAUGCCAUCGAAGCCUGCAGAUAUGCCAGGGAAUAAUACUAAAACCGAUAUUAUUAACGCUCAGGACGAUGUGCAAAAUAAUAAAUUUAUUCUAACCCCUGACUACAUACAACAAACAAUCAAAAGUGCCUUAAAACAGGAGAACCUGAAUCCAGAAAUAGAGGAGAAGUUGAUUCAAUUGCAACGGUAUCAAGAGAAACAGAUGAAACCGGAGUGUGUCAUAGAGCGAGAGGUGCCACCGCCACGUUCUCCCUCCCCACCAACUCCGCCGGCGACGUUGCCGCCCCGGCGCCGUGGGCCAGCGAGGCACGAUGACGACGAUGAAUGGGUAGAGACCAGCCCGCGCAAGCGCAACCGAUCCGCGCGACCUGUCUCGCCUCCCCCAUCACCGCCUCCACCGCCACCUCGUCCGCGGUUAACACAAAUCGCACCAGUACCAGUCCCCGUCGCACCGCCGCCCGCACCCCCAACGCCUAUAGACGAACGACGACGAGCGGCAUCCAAUAACUCGCGGCUACAGAUGAUACUCUUCAAACAUAAGGAAAUGCUCAAAAAAGACAUCAUUAAGAAGCGCGGUCUUUUAGAGAAAGAACUCGGUGUGGAAAUACAGAAGGAAUUAUCCGCUGAAUUGGCACUAAGGACCCGUGCGGAGCGUAGCAAGCAGGAGGAAGUGAGGGGUAAACGCCGAACUACUUCUGGCAGCCGGGGCGGUGAUGCUACCCCUAAGAAUUCUAAGAAGUCUGCCAAAAAAGAGAAACUUUUGUGUAUAUGUCAAACUCCGUAUGAUAAUACUAAGUUCUACGUAGGAUGUGAACAUUGCAAUAAUUGGUUCCACGGUGACUGUGUCGGCGUGACCGAAGAGAUGAGCAAAACGAUGGAGGAAUAUGUGUGCUCCGAGUGCAGACGCGCCGAAGAAACACAGGAACUCUACUGCCUGUGCCGACAACCCUAUGACUAUUCGCAGUUUUACAUAUGCUGCGAUCGAUGUCAAGAUUGGUUCCACGGCCGAUGUGUUGGGAUAUUGCAGUCCGAAGCUGACAACAUUGACGAAUACAUAUGUCCUAAUUGUCAGAAAAAUAACUCUGUUAACUUCGCGAAUAUGAAAGAACUCACCCCGAAAGAUUACGAAAAUUUACGACGACUAAUCAAGCAGAUACAUUUACAUAAAAACGCGUGGCCCUUCAUGGAGCCCGUGGAUCCCCGAGAGGCUCCUACGUAUUAUAAAAUAAUCAAGGAACCGAUGGACUUGCAAACAGUGGAAAGAAAAGUGAAUGAUCGAACAUAUAGUACUUUGAGUGAGUUUAUAGGUGAUAUGACUAAGAUAUUUGACAACUGUCGUUAUUUUAAUCCUAAGGACUCUGAAUUUUACCGAUGCGCUGAAGGAUUAGAGGCGUUUUUCGCACAAAAAAUAAAAUAUUUUCGCGAGAAGCUAUUUGAAACCACACAAUGA